AUGCGUGAAGGGAAACGCAUUUUUAUUACCACCAACAAUCUAGGGCAGCUUGUUAAUGAAAAUGUUAGCAAGCUGACAAACUUUUUGGGGACAACAGCACGUAAUGGGGAUUACGUACCCCUUACAUAUUCCAAUUGGAGGGCAGUGCCAAACGAGAAGAAGGAUGAUAUGUACGAACUUAUCAUGUCUGACAAAGAGAUUAAAUCUUGGGUGUUGAUGUCGAUUGGUAAAAAAUGGAGGGAUUACAAGUGCGAACUAAAGAAAUUCCACUACUUGCCUUAUGAUAAUGACGAGGCGCGACUGACAGACCUCAAUGAGCAUGUUCAUAUGGAUCAGUGGAAGGCCCUCAUUGAGUUUUGGAACUCUGAAGAGGGAAAGGAACAAUUAAAUGACCGAACUUCGCAGCAGCCAGAGGCUACACAGAACAGCACUGUAAGGAACGAUAUAUUUUCAAAAGUCAUGGGUGAUGAACGACAUGGCCGUCUCUGCACUUAUGGGUUAGGUCCCUCUCCUUCUGAUAUAUGGGGCACAACAUCCCACAUUGUCCAGUCCCAAGGGAUGGCCUUCAAUGCUCAAAAGAGAGAUGAACAAUAUGAGGGAUUGCAUUCUGAAAUAUCUUCCCUAAGAGAAACUAUGGCUGAUAGAGAUGCUCAAAUAUCUUCACUAAGAGAAACUAUGGCAACAUUCAUGGCUACCAUAAUGAAUCCAAGCAUUAAUCUAACUAUAUUAUUAGGUAUUUCAACUAAUCCCAACUUGAACCAACCCUCCUCAUCAUCAAGCCACUUGGUUCCAACCCCUCUGAGAGACUUGGCGAAUAAGGGGAAUUCUACGAGUUGCACUAAUGUGACUCAAGUUCUUAUUAAGAGUAUUGUAAGGCCUGGAGAUAUUGUAGCUAUAGGAACUGUUUUGAGCAUGGAUCCAUUGACAAAAGUAGGGGGGCAAAAACUUGGAGUUGGUUUCUGGGAAGUAUUUGUUCAAGUGGCAAUGAAGAAACUGGACUCCAUCAUCCCCAGCAAGAAUUGGCCGGCACCACCAAGCCAAAUAAGCAGUAAGAAAGUACUCGGUAGUGGGUUAAAAGGAGAUUUGAACAUCGAAAGGGUGAAGGAGACAAAGAAACACCUGAGAUGCAUCAGAGAAUCUACGAUGAAGACCACCAAUUGGAGCUUAGGGAAGAAAGAACCUCCAGGAUCAGAGCUAAAUCAGCUGAUCUCCCUACUAGAAGCAUGGGCAGCUAUUAGCAGGAACUAA